AUGAGCGAACCCGAGGUUACUGGCAGUGUGGGGGAGGACAAGGGCGAGUACGAUGACGAGAUGAUGACCACUCCGCCGAAGGGCAUGGGGCCAAAGAGGCCGUCAACAGGCUCGAUGUCUGCACGAGCUACGGCCAACCUCAUGCUGGAAGCCAAGAACACGAGAAAGAGAGCAGAAGCAGACGUCCACCUUCUAGCAAAUCGCCUAGCUCAUCUACAAGCGGAGGAAGAGAAAGCCAGACGAAAAACGGAAGAGACGAAACAGCGCGCAAUGGAGAUCAAGAGACUGAAACAACAGAACCAGCAACUUGCGCUUGAACGGGAGAGCAACGCGCGGACGCAGGGCAAGAAUAGCAGCAACCACGAGCGAGCUCUGGCGCAAAGAAAGCAAAAGCAACAACACGACUUGCAGUCAACCAAGGCCAACCUGGAGAAGCAAAGGAGGACCAACGCGAAGUCUGCUAGAGAACAGCGACAGGCGUUGCAAAUGACCUACCAGGAGCUGCGAGCACAGAAGGCCGCGGAGAAUAGACGGAGGACCGAGAUGGUCCGGAAGCAGCGCGAGGAAGCUCGCCUAAAGAAGGAGGCCGAACAGAGGGAGAGGGAAGCGAAGCAGCAAGAAGAGCACCGCCGGCGAAUCGAAGCCGAGAAAAAGAAGACACAAGAAGCAGAGCGCAUGAUUGAAAAGAUGGAGCAGGAUGAGGACGUCUUGAUUGAACGCCUCAAGAAGGUCCAAGACGAGCAGCGUAAAGCGUACGAGUUGCUUCAUGAAUCUCUUGAAAGCUGA